AUGGGCCAAUUUGGGUAUAUUGAAAGUGAUGGUAGUAUAGUCUCAAUUACUACCGAUGAAGAUUAUCUGAGCGAUGACAGUGUGGAGACAUAUUCUGCUGCGAGUGACGACAAUAAUAAUGAUUUAAGUGACUCCAUUGGUAAUUCCAUUGGCAAUUCUAGUAGUGCUUCAUUUAAUGAGGGUGAAACGAGCAAUUUUAUGAUGCCUCAAAUACGUGCAAGUCAAUACAUCCAUGUUGAGAAUGGUUUAACUAAAGAAGAACCUUGCUCAAUUGACAUUGGACAUGGCGUAACUAAAAGGAGUCCCACCAUUUCUCCUUCUUCCUCUCCUGCUUCUGCUUCUGCACCCACUACUGCACCCACUACUACACCCACCACUGCAUCCUCCAAUAAUGAGAAACCUGGUGACCCUUUCCAAGCAUACUACGAUGCAUAUGCUGACCAAUUUCUCAAAUUCAUAUCCUCCAAUCCCACUACAUACCACGUAAUUAAACACUUUGGGUCCCUUCUCGAACACAAUAACUUCAAAUAUUACUCGCAAGCAAAACCACUAAAACAUUUGACACCCGGAUUCUACUAUACCACACGAGCAGACCAAACAUUGGUAGCUUUUGUAAUUGGUGGCCAAUGGCAACCCCAGCAUGGAUCGUGCUUUGUAGGUAGUCAUUGUGAUGCUUUAAGCGUAAAAUUAAACCCACGAGGUCUGUUGCAUACUAAUGCCAAUGGGUACGAGUUACUUGGUGUUGCUCCAUACUCGGGUAGUUUAAACGAUAACUGGUUAAACAGAGAUUUGGGUUUAGCUGGAAGCGUCUUGGUUCGUAAUUCAGAAACUGGGAAAGUGGAAAGAAAGUUGAUCAACUCUGCACCAUCGCCAAUUGCCGUUAUCCCUCAAUUUGCACCUCACUUUGGUUUACAAGGUGGUCACUACAAUAAACAGACGCAAACUGUGCCAAUCGUUUCUUACAAUACUCAAGAACUAACACCAACGAAAGAAGAAAAGCAAAGUAAAUUCUAUAAGAAACACUCGUUAAGGUUAUUAAGAUUCAUCAGCAAGCAAACAGGUGCUCCACUUGAUUCCAUCGUUGACUUUGAUUUGGAUUUGGUGGAUGUUCAACAAAGCUGCAGAGGUGGAUUGUCCAAUGAAUUUAUUUUUCUGCCGAGUCUUGAUGACAGACUUUGUGCAUUUGAUUCAAUCUAUGGAUUGAUUGAAUUUAGUCAAAGCUUUUUUCUCGAUAAUGACAUUUCAGACUAUAACGGGUUGGCAGGUGUAUACUUGGCCAACAAUGAAGAGAUUGGCAGUUUAACUUCAACUGGAGCCCAUGGAGGCUUUUUGGUGGACAAUUUACGAUCCAUCGUUCAAGCUAAAGCAAAUGACAUAACCAUUGAAGAAGCUGUGGCACGUUUAAUUACCAACACAGUAUUCCUUUCAAGCGAUGUAACACAUGCCAUGAAUCCAAACUUCAAAGAGGUUUACCUUGAACACAAUUUCCCGUUGCCCAACACGGGUCCUUCAAUCAAGUUUGACUCGAAUGCACAUGUGUUGAGUGACUCUUUUGGUAAAGAGUUCUUGGACAGGAUAGUUGCAAAUUUGCAAGGUAUUCAACUACAACAAUUUCACAUAAGGAACGAUUCAAGGUCGGGUGGCACUAUUGGACCGAUUAUGGCUAGUAGCAAAAGAGGUUUGAAUGGUGCGAAAUUGAUUAUUGAUGUAGGACUUCCUAUAUUAAGCAUGCAUUCUAUCAGAAGCGUAGCUGGCUAUAAAGAUGUAGGGAUGGGUGUACGGUUCUUUAAGGAAGUAUUUGGUAGAUGGCAUGAGGUAAUCAAGGGCAUGGAGUAA